UCAUUGAUGCUCAGUACAGCGACUGGAAACCCUAGUUAUCCUCCGUCUAUAUAAGCCAUGCUUUACAACCGAGGGGAAGAGGAGCGGACUUCAGCAGCAAGGAGCCGCCAUGGGUAUCGAUUUAGUCGCCGGCGGUCGUAGCAAGAAAACUCGUCGCACAGCCCCCAAAUCCGACGAUGUCUAUCUCAAGCUCAUAGUUAGGCUCUACAGGUUUCUGGUGCGUAGGACUGGAAGCAAGUUCAACGCCGUGAUCCUCAAACGGCUCUUCAUGAGCAAGACCAACCGGCCUCCCCUAUCCCUUAGGAGGCUGAUCAAGUUCAUGGAAGGAAAGGAAGACAAAAUUGCCGUGAUUGUUGGGACGGUGACUGAUGAUAAGAGAGUAUACGAGGUGCCUGCUAUUAAGGUGACGGCUCUUAGGUUCACGGAGACUGCAAGGGCGAGGAUCUUGAAGGCAGGAGGAGAGUGCCUCACGUUCGACCAGCUUGCUCUACGAGCUCCUCUUGGGAAGAACACUAUUAUCCUGAGAGGUCCCAAGAACGCAAGAGAAGCUGUUAAGCACUUUGGUAGAGCUCCUGGUGUACCACACAGCCAUACAAAGCCCUACGUGCGAUCCAAGGGGAGGAAGUUUGAGAAGGCAAGGGGUAGAAGGAACAGCAGAGGAUUCAGGGUUUGAGUUGGUCUAUUCGAUACUUUGGGAGUUGUAUUGGAGUGCAAAAAUCUUCCAUCAUGUUUCUUUCUUCUGUUCUAUUUUGCAUCGCCAGGGAUUUGUCAAUUUCGCUUAGAUAUCUCAUGCCUUUUUGAGUUGAUUCGUUAAUGAUCAAACCAAAAUGUAGUUUGCAUUUGGUUUCUUAAAAUGCAUAUCUUUGUAGGUUGUGAUGUUGUCAAUAUAAUUGCAAUGUCAGUUCAA